AUGGCCGGCAACCGUGGCCUCCGGGCUCGCCAGGUUCGCCGCUUCGAGCAACAUCUACGAGGGACUUGCCCAGACCACAAAUGUCUCGUCCACCUGACUCCCGAGCUGCUGGCCUUGGCCGACCUUCUCAUCAGCCACUACGGCCACGGCGAACAAGACGAGGAAAAGUGGCUGCCGUCUCGGUCCAAAACGGCCAACGCAGUCUCGGGUACGAUCCGAACCUUCCCGCAGUGGGCGGCUGAAGUCGAGGCGGCGCCACAACAAGAUAAGAGAGUCGUGACAACCAGUCAGGGCAUUGUAAAUGGGCCGCCGGAGCCUGGUGAAGCAGCCUCCCCGACGCCUCCUCAGGGGGUUGCCCCUACUAUGGCACAAGAGACUGCAGGCGAGGAUGGACAUGACGAAAUAGUCCAUGUUACUGCCGAUCCCGUUGACGGUAUUGCGUUGUCCACUUCACAGGCUCCCGCAGUGCCAGCUCUCUCUAUGGGCUCCGUGCAGCUCGCCGACGCAGAGACAGGGGCAAACAAGACGGGUGCUGUUGUUAGACAGACCGGUCCGUAUCCACCUGGUUAUCUCAACCUUUUGGCCUUGAAGACGAAGGCAAAGCGUAGGGGGGGACAAGACGACUAG